AUGAAUGGCCAAGACGACGAGAGGCCCACCAAACUCCCACGCACUUCUUCUAGUGACGCCAAGGAACUGACCUUUGUCGAAUUCUAUUGUGGAGUUGGAGGUUGGUCCAUGGCGCUGGAAGAGGCAAUUCAGAGAUUGGAUCCUGACACGCAAAAUAAACUUUCUCUGCGAUGUUUGGCCGCCUUGGAUCAUUCGGAUCUGUGUACCAAAGUGUACCAGUAUAACCAUUGCCACCAAAACACUAAUAGCAACAAUGCCAAGCCUACUACCACCAGCAUUGAAAAGCUGACGUUGAAACAAGUGCACAAAUGGAAUGCCGCCAUCUGGGCCAUGAGUCCUCCCUGUCAACCACAUACCCGACAACACGACAACCAAAAAGCCGAUUUGGAAGAUCCUCGCUCCAAGAGUUUUCUGCAUCUCUGUCACUUGAUGGAAACCAUGAAUGCCGACAAAUUGCCUCAACUGAUACUGGUGGAGAAUGUGGUGGGAUUUGAAACCAGCCAGAGUUGUUUGCGAAUGAGAAGAGUUCUCUCCCAGCGAGACUAUUCCGUGGGACACUUUCACUUGUCGCCAACACAAUGUGGCAUCCCCAAUGAUCGACCCCGGUAUUAUUGUGUGGCAGUGCGAAUGCCAACCACCACAGCAACAAGCGACAAGCAAUCGUUGUUACAACAGUACCUCCAAUUGGAAAAGCUAUCAUUCGACAGUGAGCAACAGCAACCAAAAGAGAGUUCCGUCUUGCCCAAUGCAAGUAAGGACGACGCCACAACGAGUUGCACAAUCCAUUCUCAUUUAGAAGAGCUAGGAAUCCAGAAAACUGAAGCCAACACAGAACCGACAGUCCUCCCAACCAUUGCAACCAUCUUGGACGAACAAGAACACCAAAACUUGGACUUGAGAAUACCCCAAAAGAUUCUCCACUCCAAAUCGGCAUGGUGCUUUGACAUUGUCACACCACGGGCGCAACGAAGUGCUUGCUUUACUCAUGGCUAUGGCAAAUUUGUACGGGGCACGGGGAGUGUCUUGUAUUUUGGAUCAAACAAUAACGAUAACGACAACAAAAACAACAAUCCAUUCCAGUUGGUAGCACCGGAUCAACGCGAGUUUGACGCAGAUUGGGCCAAAGGAUUGGAUCUGGAUAACACACUGCGCUACUUUUCGGGAACUGAAAUGGCACGGCUGCUUGGCUUUCGCAACGAUUUUGCCUUUCCCAAGGACACCUCUGUCAAACAACAAUGGAAACUCAUGGGAAACUCCUUGAACGUGCGAGUGGCAGCACGACUCUGCGAGUUGGGACUUCGAUUGGCACUACAUAUCACGGAACUAAAGUGA